GCCUCAUCAUCAACAAUCCAACACAUUUCAUUGACUUCAACAGUCAUUUUUUACUCGUUAAUAUAAUAUUAACACUUUCUCUACUACAAUUGCUAUUGCCCACGCUAUACCGUUCUGUCUCUUUUACAUCAGCACGCACCAGUCCAGUCCAUUACCAGCACAACUACUUACAGCCUACCCUGCCACAUCCCAUCAUGUCGACCCUCUCCUCCCCCCGUCCCUCAAUUGCUUCAUCCCGCGCCCACUCGCCCACCCCGACCUCCUCCCACCGACCGUCCCUCGAUACCCUCAACACAAACCUCGGCAAUAACGGCGGACUCAGCGCCUCGUCCACCCCCUCCACAGCCCGCGCCGUCUCCCCUUCCCUCCACCCGCGCCGCAACCGCGCCGCCCUCCGCGAUUACUACAACCUCCGCCCCUCCGAUGCCGCCGCUGGCGUCGGGCGCCGUUCCCGCAGUAUCCCCCGCCAGAGCGAAGGCGACGGGCCUACAUUCAACAACAACAAUCACAACAGUACAUCGUACGUCGUGGCAACAGGCACCGAACUCGACAGCCCGGACUUCGACCCCCAGCGCUAUGUCAGCCACCUCCUGGCCACCUCGUCCUUGUCCACGGUGCUGAAAGCAGAGAACACCUUGGUCGGGGAUAUCCGCACGCUUGACAGCGAGCGGAAGGCGUUGGUCUACGAUAAUUACUCCAAGUUGAUCCGGGCGGUGGAGACCAUUGGCAAGAUGCGGCGCAGUAUGGAUGAUCGCGGGGCGCCGUUGACCAUGUCCAAGACCCUGGGGCCGGCGAUUGCGUUUGUGGCGGAGACGGCGGGUAGUUUGAUCCAGGAGGGUGAGGAGCAGCAAAGACGGAUACGAGAGGCUAAGGUGGAGGAGGGGACGGAGCGGAGGAAGGCUGAGAGGCAGACGGUGCAGUGGGUGCUGGGUGCGCCGGAGAGGUUGGAGAAGUUGCUUGCGGAGGGUAAAGCUGAGGAGGCGGAGAGGGAUUGGGAAGAGGUGAGGAAGUUGCUGGGGAAGUGGGAGGGGGUUAAGGGUGUUGCUGAGGUCCGGGAGGCUUGUGAGAAGGUGCUGGAGGGAGGGGAUGAGUCCUCUUGAGAUGAGCUAGACGAUCGCCUACACGCACUUGGUCGACCGUUGCUUGUCAGGAGUCGGAGUACCAUGGAUUCUCUCAAGCGGGGGACAGCGAUGGACGACAAGCUGGACCAAGUCGUCGGGAGUUGAGAUUGAGAUGCUAUUGACACCGCGAA